AUGGGAGCUGCGGUGACGAAAUCUGAAGCUCUGCAAAAGGAAUGGGUUCCAGAGACAAAGCUAGAGGCUAAAAUCAUAGAAGCCGUGCAACGCAGGGCAUCGAGAGGCACCACAAUGAAAUCUUUCAACAGUAUUGUUCUCAAGUUCCCCAAGAUCGAUGAUGGUCUUCGAAACUGCAAAGUCAUUUUCCAAGAGUUUGAUAUCGAUUCGAAUGGGUCGAUUGAUCAUUCAGAGCUUAAGAAUUGUCUGAGGAAGCUAGAGAUCUCGUUCGAGGAAGACGAGAUAAGCGAUUUGUUCAAGGCUUGUGAUAUCAACGAGGAUAUGGGGAUUACAUUUACAGAGUUCAUUGUUCUUCUCUGCCUUGUCUAUCUUCUUAAGGACGACUCAUCCACUCUCCAGAAGCAAUGGAGACUGGGAAUGCCAAAGCUGGAACCGACGUUUGAGACGCUGGUCGACACAUUUGUGUUCUUGGACGAGAACAAGGAUGGAUAUGUUAGCCGCGAGGAGAUGGUCCGAGCCAUUGAUGAAUCUGGAGAACGAUCCUCCGGCCGGAUUGCAAUGAAGAGAUUUGAGGAAAUGGACUGGGACAAGAACGGAAUGGUGAACUUUAAAGAGUUUUUGUUCGCGUUUACACAGUGGGUUGGGAUAGAUGAGAAUGAAGAAGAAGACGACGAUGACAACAAUGGGAAAGCUUGA